UCUAUAAGGACCAGUGCGAUCGGCAACGGUGACUGUUUGGGGCGAUCUGUCAGGUUCCGAUAAGAAGGUCAUCAUAAGGCCAGCAGCGCCUUCUCAGUCCUGUGCCGUUCGUAGCUCCUGCUGGAUGCUUUCGAAAGAUGGCAUCUUUUAUGAGAAUGACUUCGUCUGCGAAGACUGUUUUUAAAUUCAGCACUCUGCUGGAAACCAAAAGAGGACUCGCCCAAAAAGUAUUCACUCAGAAAGUAUCAGUUAUUGGCGUUCCCUUCAACAAAGGACAGCCAAAACCUGGUGUAUCCAAAGGACCUCAGCAGUUGCGUGAUGCAGGUCUCAUUGGCGCUCUGCAGUCUGUGAAUUUGAAUGUUCAGGAUGUUGGUGACGUAGUUUAUGAGCCCAUACCUAAUUUGCCACCUCUGGAGAACUACCACAACAUUGCACAUGUAGCUGCUUGCCAAAAGGAGGUAUCAAACCAUGUGCGGGAAAUUGUCUCGAGCGGUCACAUGUGCCUCACAAUUGGUGGGGACCAUUCAAUUACGGCUGGCUCCAUCACUGGCAGUGUUAAUGGACUGGGAGAUAAGCUACCAAUUAUACUAUGGAUUGAUGCCCAUGCAGACAUUAACACAAUGUCCACUAGCCCAUCAGGAAAUGCACAUGGCAUGCCUGUUGCUCUUUUACUCAAAGAGAUUGCCGAGACAUGGCUUCCAGACUUGCCUGCAAUGGAGUGGUUGGUGCCCAAGCUCUCUGUGAAAGACAUUGGCUACAUUGGUCUACGUGAUGUUGACUCAGGCGAAAGGAAAUUCCUGUCUGAUUGUGGUAUAUUAGCAUAUAGCACAGAGGAAGUAGAACGUUAUGGUGUUUCAGAUAUAGUACAGGCUGUACUUGCAAAACUUGACCCAAGUGGGUCUCGUCCAAUUCAUAUGAGUUUUGAUAUUGACAGCCUAGAUGUGAAUGAAGCGCCAGCUACUGGAACCCCUGUACGAGGUGGACUGACACUACGAGAGGGACUGCAGAUUGUGGAGGAAGUUCAUCGCACCGGACGUAUGGCAGCUUUUGAUAUUGUAGAACUUAACCCAGAACUCUCAGAUGAAAGGGGUGUCCAGCUCACUGUCGAGGCAGCAAUUGAAGUAUGCCGCUCCGCUGUUGGCUUUGAGCGAAGAGGAUGGCCAGCUGCAGGCAUUACCAUUGACAAAAGAUCAUGUAAUUAAUGCCAAUUGAUCUUAACACAACACUGAAUUGUUUAAAAAAAACAUUGCAUUGUUACUGUGGUGUAGUACUGCCCACUGUAAGUUUGAGUCAUCUUAGCUGGAUGGUGCCAUCGAUAACAGGAAAUGUUCUAGUCUGUAUUUAGAAGAUUAUGAGCCACUUAUUUGUAAAAUUGUGUUAAAUAAUGUAAAAAUGUAUGAAAUGACCAUUUACUGUAUAGGGAAAGAUGGAUCAGGGAUAUGCCUUGACAUUGGAAGUUGGUAGGACCCUUGCCAUGCAACAUCAUAUGUUCGGAGCCUGACUUGUAAGUUUCAGAGAAGAUGUCACUCUUUGUAGUUUCAGAAGCCUGUUGGUUAUGCAGUUUAGCCUGUCAAGUCGUAGUUUUUGUCGAAAUGUAGAGUCUAUUAUAGCAGGAUUAAGAAACCAGUUUAAUAAACAAUGUGUGCAAAAAAAUUAAACUUCUGAAUUGGAAUGAAACCAGCCAUUUUGUAUAUGAGCAGAGUUACAUCGUAUUAACAGUUUAUUCGCCUAGUUUAAAGCAGAACAGUAUGGAUUAAAUGUGAAGUACUUCAGGAUGUGCACCUAUUUGGUGCCCAUCAGUUUCCCAAUAAGGUUCUAUCUUAAUACUAACUUGGCAGUAGAACUGCAAAUUUAGUGGCAGUGAAAUUCCACUCACUUUGUCUUCUUGAACAUUUUACUGUUCAAUAAAUUAGACCUGUGACAUACAUAAAGUUCUCUUAGAAGUAUAUGUUCAGCAAGUACCUUUUGAGUUGUGUAUUUCAUCUGUUUUACUCACCUUAUUCCAUCUGCUCUUGGAGGACUAAUUAAGAGAGCUGCCAUCUUGUGUAAAUGUAGCUAUGUAAAUACUGAAAAUAUAUCACUUUUGUCUUUUAUCGACCUGUUAAUAAACGUCAUAUAAUGGUAGUGCACAGCGAACAUGUUCCAUGGUACAACAGAUGACUAAUUUCCUAAAUAAUUUGUUACAUUAAUUAUCAUUCAUAAUCUACUGUUUAUGUCUGUAUGUCCCAGUAUGCUGUUUCACAUGUUUGUGACUUACCACCUCCCCUUUUAUGAACUUUGUGUUUUACUGCCUAAGUAUUUAAUUUAUAAAUCAACUAACAUCAAUGAAAAGGCUGAAAAUUUCUUAGUAUUACAUUAACUGAAUGUUUAUGUAUAAUUUUACUGAAAUAAAUACCAUUGAAAUUUC